AUGUCUGGUUUUUUCUUCAAUAUUUCCGCGCUCCCAGCAUUGCCUGAUCAACCAGUUGGAGAAUAUUGUCCAGACAACUACAAAUUAUGCACUGAACCACCUCCUUUCGAAUCCCAAUCAUUUCUAUGUGUCGCAUUUCUAGCCCCACUUUUCAUCACAAUUUUUGAUUUUUCCGUGCAAUUGACCAAUGUUUUUCUGAUAAUAUUCAGAAAAUAUCAGAAAAAAGGCCCGUUUUUUGCAAUGUUAUUAAUUAUGUCGGGAUCUAUAUUGAUUCGAUGUAUGAGUUAUUUCAUCUCAACCUAUUUUACGGUUAUGAAAUCGGAUUUAUCAGAACUGACACUGCAAAUCUCGCUAUAUUUGGAGUUUUGUUCGGGAUUUUUCUCGGAAGUUAUCAUAUUUCUCAUGUCACUCAAUCGAUGUUUAUGUUUUGUUUCAAGAACUUGGAAUGAGAGAAUCUUCGAAGGGUUGGUCAAAAAUUUCGGUGAAAAACAAGAUUCCUUUUUUUUUCAGAAAUCGUUAUCUUUUUGCUGUCUUCAUCACACUUCUCCUAUCGAUUUCAGCCACAUAUUUCAGUAUAAAAACAUCUGAAAUCACCAGAAUUUACAAUGAUUUCGCAGGUUUUGUAAAUGCCAGUUAUGAAAUUGGUUGGAAUACUGAAAUCGCCAGAAUUUUCUACAUAUUUCCAAUUGGUGCCACAUUCUCCUAUCUAAUCCUAUUCCUUCAUUUGAAAAAACAAUCGAAAUUGGCGUUUUCGAAAAAUUCGCAAAAAGGCGAGCAAAAAGUGUUUACACAAUUAUUGAUUACCGUAGUGUUCUAUGGGAUGAUUUCAUUGGUUUUCGAGAUUUUAACCAUUUUUGUGGUGGAUUUGGGACAAGAUUUUGCAGUUGUUUGUGUGAUUUCGUUGAAUAUUCUGAAUUAUAUGCCGGAGAUUUUAUUGUCGUUGAUUUUUUUGACUUCGAGUUUGGAUUUUUGUGCGAGAAAAACAGUGAUAGAAUCGAAGAAGUUGGCUCCAAAAACUAGUGUCACUGUUCUUCGAUGA